AUGGCUGGAGAGCCUCCUGCAAAGCGCCGCCAGCUUCCAUUCAAGCCUCCCAGCCGCACUGCCAGCGAUUCAAAUACCGCGAAGGCCGGUCCGUCGACCGACAAAGGCAAAAGUACUAAUGCCAGCAAACCAGCCGCCUCUCGAGCACCCUCAUCGGCAGCGGUUGCAUCUAGUUCGAAGGCCACAAAGCCAAGUAAUGAUACCUUGGCAUCUUCUAGCAAAAGGCCGAAUGCCUCGAAGGGGAGGCUCGCCACUCCGUCCGAAUUUGACUCCGACUCCGAAUCUGAAGUCGAGGAGACGUUCAAUACCAUACGCGAACGCCCGCUCUCCGAAGAGCCGGAUUAUAUCCUGGCAGAGAUCACGUCGAAGAAGCCAGAUCGGGACAUCGAAUCGGACAAGCCUCUUAUCACCAAACUGCUGCACCACCAUUUCAAGAACGAUAAAACACGCAUUGCCAAGGACGCCGACGCCGUCGUGGCCAAAUAUGUGGAUACGUUCGUUAGAGAGGCAAUUGCACGAGCAGCCCUAGAGAGCCGGACAAAUGAGAAAAAAGGCGAUCGUCGUGCUGAUGGUUUUCUGGAGGCGGAGGACCUCGAACUGCUUACCCCCCAGCUGGUGAUGGACUUUUAA